GGCCAGGUGGUAGCAAUAAAAAUCCUGAACCUCGACAACGAGGAGGAGGACCUGACCGACAUGCAGCGCGAAAUCAACCUCCUCUCGCAGCUACACUCGCCGCACAUCGCACAGUACUACGGCUCCUUCAUGGAGUCCUCACACAUGUGGAUCAUCAUGGAGUAUGCGUCUGGCGGCAGCAUCCACAAAUUAAUGCAGGCCGGGUCUAUCGAGGAGCGCUACAUUUCAACAAUCAUGUACGGGGUGCUCUUGGCACUCGACUACCUUCAUUCGUCAGGCAUCAUGCACAGGGACAUCAAGGCGGCGAACAUUCUGGUGACGCAGGACGGCAUCGUGCAGCUGUGCGACUUUGGCGUCGCAAGGCAGGUCAUGCAGGCGUCGGCCAAGUCUUAUUCGUUUGUCGGCACGCCGUAUUGGAUGGCGCCGGAGGUCAUCCAGAACGGCCGCAUGUACGAUUUCAAGGCCGACAUCUGGUCAUUGGGGAUUACUGCCUAUGAGAUCACCACCGGCGCGCCGCCCUACGCCGACGAGGACCCGAAACGCGCUCUGUUUCUGAUUCCACGC